AUGCAAGGUUUCCUUUACUUUGAUUAUCCUGAAUUAUUCAAGCGAAUAUAAGUAACCAUAACAUAAAUGCUGAAAUAAGGAUAAUUGAAAGUAAUAACACAUCAUCUAUUUUUAGACAAGAUAUGAUGUUCUAAAUGGAUUAGAAUAGGCUCCUAAUGGAUUGGCUAAACUUUUAUUAGGAAAAAAUAAUGGAAAGGUAGUGGUGCAAGCCAAAGCUGAUUAACCAAAGCUUUGA